UAAGGGAGAGUGCGGCGAACAGCUGCAGCAAGUAGUGAAGGUGGCGAGCUCCGAAAUGAGUCCCCGCGCCUGUGGCUUCAUCGUCUUCAGGAGACUGCGGCAGCAGCAGCAGCGAGCGGCGGUCGAGUUCCUCCUGCUGCAGACAUCGUACGGAGGAAACCACUGGACCCCGCCUAAAGGACAUGUGGACCCGGGCGAGAACGACCUACAGACGGCCCUCCGGGAAACUCACGAGGAGGCUGGACUGGGAUCUGAACACCUGUUGCUCAUCCCCGGGUUCCAGCACGUGAUGCAGUACAACGUGCCCAAGCGCAACGGCGGUGGCGUCAACCUGAAGACGGUGGUGUACUUGCUGGCCGAGCUGAAGGGUGGCACCGAGGGCCAGGCCGUGACGCUGUCACACGAACACGUGGCGUACCGGUGGUGCGAUGUGGACGAGGCAUGCUGCUUGGCCAAGUUCCAGGAAAUGCAAGAGGCCCUUAGGAGUGCGCACACGACCAUCGUCAAAGAAGACGAGGCUGGGACUCUCAAACAAGAAUGAAUGGCAAACUUGACCAGGAGUGAUUCAGUGCUCAGAUGCAUUUGCACACAUGAAACAUUAAACCGUGGUAAAUAAAUGAGGAAAAUUUUUUCUUGACUUAAAGCUUUCGUGACUGCAGGAAUUCAUACUCUUUGGGUCUUUCGGUAAAGUCACGUAAAUAGAAGAAAAAAAAUCACGACGUUUCGAUCACAACGCAAGCAAUUGUCCUCAGGUGAAAAAAAUAUUUUAAAUAUUUUUUCACCUAUUUUUCACCUGAGGACGAUUGCUUGUGUUGCGAUCGAAACGUCGUGAUUUUUUUUUCUCUCCGUUAAUUUACUGAAAAAGUAUAAAGGCAAGCUGUUUUAAAGUUUUAAAAUGGGCGUAGCCCAAGCGUUCUGGUAUCAGAACGAAGUGAUAUCAGAACGAAGUGAUACCAGGACGCUUGGGCUACGCCCAUUUUAAACCUUUAAAAGAGCUUGCCUUUAGUGGCUCCCCCCCCCCCUUUUUCCACCUGAUGAUGAUAGCUUGUGUUGCAAUCGAAACGUCAUAGUUUUUGUUUAUUUUAUUAUUUUUUUUAACUUAUCUACGUUGCUUUACCGAAAGACCUAAAUAAUAUGAAAAUGUAUUCCUUUGUUUUGAGUUGUAAAUUUGUAAUUGGUUAACUGUUUUAAAGCAUUAUCCGGGAAACUCAAUGUGGGGUUUCCAAUAUGGCAACACCAGGGCUCCUUAUGAAAUCUGUCAUGCUAUUACAUAACCAAAUUUGAACUGUGUUUGACAAUGAGUGGCAAUGUGUGAAUGUAAUAAACAGUUUCAGUUGUCA